ACCUUAAUUGUUCUUCUCACAGAAACGCAACGCAGCCGAGGGGAUUCGAACUAGGGUUUCUCUCUCCACUUGUCCCUCCUUAUCGUCUCUUUCCCGUCCUUAAAACAUAAAAAAAUCCGUAAUCCAUCUCGAAACGCAGUCGACAGGGUUUGAUCCCUGGAUCGCCCUCUCAUUUUCCCUCCAACUUCCCAAACAACCUUCCAAACACACACAGAGACACCAUUGGAGCUUGGCGAGCUCUGUACAGUUCUUCGGUUUCAGUCAAUUCCCGCACAAUGGUCUCCUCGCGGUUCCGAGCCGUUCCGCUGGUGGCCUCUCCUUCUUACCCCAACUCCGUCGCCUGGUCGGACGAGAACUUGCUCGCCGUCGCCACUGGUCACUUCGUCACCGUACUCAAUCCGGCAAUGCCUACUGGACCUCGAGGUCUGGUCAUGAUUCCUUCAACAAGCAGACCUUUUCCGAUUGGAGUGAUCAAAAGAGAAGAUUUACUAUCUGGCUGCUUGUUGUCUACUUGUUUAUCGAGGGAUUGUCGUCCUUUGGCUAGAUCAAUUUCAUGGUCUCCUCUUGGAUUUGCUCCUAAUGGAGGGUGCUUGCUUGCUGUGUGCACCACAGAAGGACGCGUGAAGCUUUACCGUCCACCAUUUUGUGAGUUCAGUUCUGAGUGGGUUGAGGUAAUGGAUGUUUCUGAUAUGCUAUGUGAGUAUCUUGCAAAUGUCAAUUUUGGGGAGUUAGGCAGUCCUUCCUUGAAAUCUUCUUUUAAAGAAGCAACUGAACCCUGUAUAGAGUCUGAAUGUGUGGAUGAUUUGCCAAUCUCUGCUCUAAGAAAGAAGUCUAAGGGAAGAAGAGCUAAUGAAUUGGGUGCAAUUAAUGAGGAUUUGGAAACUUCAGAAGGUCAAUUUCUGCAUCCUGGAACUUCCUCUUCCUGUCAAACUGAAAAUUUUUUUACUGCAGUAGCAGAAGAAGUGGUUUUCCCAUGCUCAAUUUUGAAAGAGGGUUCAUCAGUAGAGGUUCUUAGGCUGGAUGGUUCCCAACGUGUUUGGGUUGCUGGUGUUUUGGAGCACUUGACUGGUGUAAAAGCUCUAGUUGCAUUCCCAGAAACGAAUGGGAAGCAAGAUGGACAGGUUGAAAUAAAUCUAGAAUUUGACGAAAUUUGUGAAUCAAAUAUUCUUAAAGAUUCAAUGGCUAAUUUAGAGAACCACUCUCCAGAAGUUCGCCCUUCCAUGCACGUGGGCAAUCUUCCAGAAGAAGUAAAGUUGGCUAAUUGUGAUGGAGUGGGGAAUAUCCUCCAAAAUGGACAAGCAGUGGAAGCUUGGACAAAUGAUAGGUGGAUUGAAGGCUUAUUUAUGGGUUUUGAUGAGGGUGGUGUUCUGGUGAAAUUUCAUGGGGAGAUUGGUUCUUCCAUACUAAAUGCCAACUCUGUUAGAAUAGCACCAGUGUGGAUUAGCCAGAAAAAAUCAUGGCAGGUCAUUCUUGUUAAGAUUGAAAUGAAAGGAGAGGAGUUAUGUGAGGUAGUUGAGAUGGAAUCCGAGAAUAUGAAACACAUUAAUCCUUAUCAAAUUGUUCCUGUGUCGAAGUCUAAAGUGAAGCCUCAAAAGAAAAUACCAGAAAACUGCAUUUUUCCACAAAUAACUGCAGCUCAAUAUGCUUCUCGCAGUGCAAUGUUAUCAUCACUUGUCGCUGUCUGGUCACCAGUGUUGCAGUUACCAUCUGAAAUUGGUCCAGUUCCUACCAGUAAUUCAUCUGAAUUCUGUUCUCUGCUUGCAGUAGGAGGGAAGUCAGGUAAAAUAUCAUUGUGGAGAGUCCAUGGCCCACAAUGCUAUUCUAUUGGGCAAGGCACGGUCCAUGAUGCUGCAAUGCUGGUUGGACUCCUUCAAGCACAUGAUGCAUGGAUUACUGCAAUUGUUUGUGCCUCACUUGCUUUGACUGCAUCAAUGCCUCAGGUUCUGCUGGCUACUGGGAGCUCUAACGGCAGUGUGAAGAUGUGGCUGGGCUCUUGUGAGGAAUUACUGAAGUCAUCAGAAGUUAACUGUGCUCCUUUUGUCUUAUUGAAUGAGGUUUCAUCCAUUGGUUCUGUCCCAGUCUCUGUGCUGUCACUAGCUACGCCUGUACAAUACCAGCACAAGAUAGUCUUAGCGAUUGGCAGAGUAUCCGGAUCUUUUGAAGUAUGGAUUUGUGACUUGUCAACUGGAAAUUUUGAUAAAGCAGGCUCAUAUGAUGUGCAUGACCAUGUUGUGACAGGUUUAGCUUGGGCUUUUGAUGGAAUUUGUUUGUACAGCUGCAGCCAGGAUAAUUCUGUGCAUAGCUGGAUUUUACAUGGGAAGUCCCUCCUUGAAGCACCAAUUCCUUCAAAUACUCUUGAUGUGAAGAGCUCCAUUGAUAUUCCAAAUGCAUCUGAUUCAUGUUUUGGUGUGGCUAUAUCUCCUGGAAAUCUGAUAAUUGCUCUGGCUCGUAGUUUCGAUAGUGAUCUAUUGAACCCAAUGUACCAGGCUAGGAGCAUGAAGGGUGCUGUUGAGUUCUUCUGGACUGGUGGGCAGCAAUUAGAUAUUUUAUCAAACAAAUACCUGGAGCUUGGUAUUGGAAAUUUUCCAGGUUUUUCUGAGAAGGAAUUGGCAUAUUGGGAGCACAAUGUAUUGUGGUCUUUGAAACGAUUUCAAAACGUGGACAGACCUCUGGUUGUUUGGGAUAUCAUGGCGGCAUUAAUGGCUUUCAAGCAAUGUGUGCCAAAAUAUGUUGAACAUAUACUGUUUAAGUGGCUAUCAGCAUCUUAUGUAGGGUCCCACUUGUGCCUUUCUACUGAAGAAAUCUUGUCCCAUACGUUUAGAUUAUUAUCAAAAAUUACUUCCCGCCAGUUGCAUCUACUCAGUGUUAUCUGUAGACGUGUAAUGUUAUCAGCGAUCAAAGAAGACACAAAUAACAGAAGACAGCAGAAUUUAGUUGGAAUUUAUGGUGUUGAAGAGUUGGGGAGGAAGCUACUUUUGGGCUGUGAGACAGAACUGCGAGAAAGGCUUGUUGGUUUCAGUAUUUCUUCUGCUUUAUACCAUGCGUCCUGUUCGGCCUCAAAUAUUUCUAGAGCUGGAUACUGGCAUCCUGUUGGUUUAGCGCAAAUGGAGCAGUGGGUUGCCCUAAAUCGUCCUCAUGUGCAGGAUAAACUACAAUUUCUUGCAUCUGAAGUUGGAAAGCUUGUAGGGAGCAGGCUCCAACCAGUUUGCGAUUAUGUACCUGAAGAGCAAUGCAGCUACUGUUCAGCAUCAGUCCCAUUUGAAUCUCCCGAAGUUGCUUUCUGCCAAAAUGGUCAGAACCAUAAAUUAGCGCGAUGCGCUGUUUCCAUGCGGGUUUGCCCAACAACUCCCUUAUGGUUUUGCAUGUGCUGUCAAAGACGAGUGUCGGAACUGGCACCCGAUGCUCUCUUUUCUAUGCCCAAAUACCCUUCGGAUUUGAAGUCUUCAAUUGAGGCUUCUACCCUACAAGUACUCCCAAAGCCCUUGUGUCCUUUUUGUGGGGUACUGCUACAAAGACUGCAGCCAGAUUUUCUACUCUCCGCAGCACCUGUGUGAACUUGACAUCUUCCUGAAAUCAUAUGUUGUAUAGCUUAACAAAAAAAAAAAAAAAAAAAGGAAAAGCUGUUUAUAAGAGUGCGACGAAGAUUCACUGGAAGCUCUGAUGAAGCAUUUGCAGAUAAUGUUGUUGGUGCCCGGAAGAAGUGAUGAAAUAAAUUUUAAUAGCCCUGUAUAUUCCUGCAAGAAAAUAAUAUAUUUGAUUUAGUACCUAGGAAAUGAACAUGCAUUUCCAGAGCAGCAGUGUAUUGUUUUAAUUUAUUCGCUGGUAGUACUUAAUCCAACUUGGGCAAGGUGGUCUGUUCACUACAGCUGGUGCGGUUUCAAAAUGAUGUCGACAGGUAUUGGGGACAAAAAUUUCAUCAUCCAAAGCAUGGUAUUUUUUUGGGUGCUAUAUGUGAAUAAUUGAUGGGAAAGGUAUUGCACUGUCAUGGGUGUCAUUUUCUUAUGCCAGGCUCCGUUUGGUAAUGCUCUAUGGUUUCAUGAAAAUUGGUAUUGGGAAAUCACAACACACAUGAUGCUUGAGAGAUGAUCCUGAAUCCAAAUUUGUGUGGAUUGAAAUGAAAUUUAGUUUAUAGUGACCUUUAGUGAAGAGGCUGGUUGCUAAAUGCAUUUGAAAAAGCUAUUGUGGUUUAUUAUAACAUUGUGUUUGGAUUUACGAUUUUUGUGAGUUUAGAUAAACUUUGAUAUUGUUUUUAUAUUCUCUUGUCUAAAUUAAUUGAAUUCAAAUUCAAUAUUUU